UUGAGAAGGACGCAGACAUCUUGGACAGAGAAGAAAUGUUGAGAUCGAGCGAGCGAGCAGAAUAAAAGAAGUGCGAAAGUUAAAGUAAGAACGAGAAAGUUGUACAAGGAGCUCGCGCUCGUCAGGGUUAUAGCAAAACAUUUGAUAAUAAUUGCAGCCAGCGUUUCACGAUGCCUAAUAUUAAGCUACAAAGCUCGGACGGAGAAGUGUUUGAGGUGGAUGUUGAUAUUGCAAAAUGUUCAGUUACCAUAAAAACUAUGUUGGAAGAUCUUGGUAUGGACGAAGACGAAGAGGAAGUUGUUCCUCUUCCAAAUGUUAACUCUGCUAUUCUCAGGAAAGUAAUACAGUGGGCUACUUAUCAUAAAGAUGAUCCACCUCCUCACGAAGAUGAGGAAACCAAAGAAAAGCGUACAGAUGAUAUAAGUUCCUGGGAUGCAGACUUUUUAAAGGUUGAUCAGGGAACCCUUUUUGAAUUAAUUUUAGCAGCUAAUUAUCUCGAUAUUAAAGGACUGUUAGAUGUGACAUGCAAAACUGUUGCCAAUAUGAUAAAAGGCAAAACACCUGAUGAAAUUCGAAAAACAUUUAACAUUAAAAAUGAUUUUAAUGCAUCGGAGGAAGAACAAGUGCGCAAAGAGAACGAGUGGUGUGAAGAAAAGUAAAUUAACAUUCAAGAGUAUUCAAUAUUUUGAUUUACUAAAAAAUUUGUCUUAACGCUCGAAAAUUUACAAUCUCUUGCACCCGUUGUCUUAUUUUAAUCAAUUCCUUAAUAAUCACAUAACUUCCAAUUGAUG